AUUGAACAAGGAAAUGUGGUGUCACCUAUUUUAGGUGUCCCAGCAGAACAAGAACCUUGUCCAUUUUGCAGAAUCAAAGGUUGUUUAGGCUGCGAUAUUUUCGGAACAACAUCUAAUGCUGCUGCUGUUGUCGCUGCUGACGAUAACAAGAAGAAUAGUACUACUACAACUGCAGUAACUAAGAAGAAGAAGAAGAAUUACAGAGGAGUGAGACAGAGGCCAUGGGGAAAAUGGGCAGCAGAAAUUCGAGAUCCAAGGAAAGCUGCGCGUGUUUGGCUUGGAACUUUUAAUACAGCAGAAGAUGCAGCCAGAGCUUAUGAUAAAGCCGCUAUUGAAUUUAGGGGUCCAAGAGCUAAGUUAAAUUUCUCAUUUGCUGAUUAUACUGAGAUUCAAGAACAACAGAGUGCUUCAUCUUCUUCACCUCAACAAUUGCCGGAGCCACAGUUGCAGCAAGGGAAUAAUACUGAAUUUGGAAAUGAAAUUUGGGAUCAACUGAUGGGGGAUAAUGAGAUUCAAGAUUGGUUGACGAUGAUGAAUUUCAAUGGUGAUUCUUCUGACUCUACUGGCGGGAAUGUUCACAGCGUUUAAGUUUCAGUUUUUUAAAAAAAUUACUCGUAUAGUGUAUUAGGGUGCUUUGCCCUAUAGUAUUUUAACAAAUUGGGCUCUCGCACAUAAGGAAAAACUAGCAGUAAUUUUCUACUCAUUUUCGGGUUGUGCCGUAUGUAAUUCGGCAUAUUAGUCGAGUGAAAUGUAAAAAUUAUGAGGAAUUAAUGUGAAUAUAUUUUUGUUUUUAAAAUUA